AUGAGACCCCUCACAAAUACCUAUGUCUUUGUUUGUGCCUUUGCAUUCACACUAUGGAAUAAUAUCCAGCCAACUGUGGAAAAUGAAUUUAUUGCAAAUUAUUCAGGCAGAUUGCUAACUAAUGUUCCAAAAAACAUUCCACCACAUACUCAAGUAUUAGAUUUAUCACAUAAUAGGAUCUCUGGAAUUAGUAUCUCAGAAUUUAUUUAUCUUUCUGACCUUCAAGUAUUAAAUCUUUCUCAUAAUCUAAUUACGGUGCUUGACUUUAGUGUCUUUGUUUUUAAUGAAAAUUUAGAAUACUUAGAUUUAUCUCAUAAUAACAUUUUGAAAGUUUACUGUCUAACUCUUGCAUGUCUUAGACAUUUAGAUCUUUCUUACAAUAAGUUUACUGCCUUGCCUAUCUGCCCGGAAUUUGAGAACAUGUUUCAUUUGGAGUACCUAGGAUUAAGUGCCAUGAUGAUACGAAGGUCAGACUUCAGGUAUAUCAAACAUUUGCAGCUGCACACGGUCUUCCUGACCUUGGGAAACUUUUCUCUGUAUGAGCCUCAGAGUCUGACAGCCUUGAAUACAAAGAGGCUCCACAUCGAUUUUGCAGCAAACCAAAACUUCAGUUUUUCCCUCUUGUACGAUGGAAUGAGUACUUCAGAAAAUUUAAAAAUAGUUAACUUAAUAUAUACCUUGAGCUAUAAAUAUUUUCCCUCUCCUCCUUUAAUGCUUCUGAAGAAAAUCAAGACAACAGCUCUCAUUCUUGACACUGUGGAUGUACAAUGGCCUAUCAUUCUGCAAAUUUUCCUGCUUAUUUGGUAUUCACCUGUGGAGCAUUUGACUGUGAGAAAUUUGACUUUUCAGGGAUCACUGGGGGAGCUGACUAAAUAUGAGUUUCUACCCUUGUUAAGUUCUCUGGAACAGUUAAUCUCUUUGGAUGGCUCCAUGAAAGCAUUAACUUUGGAGCAUGUUCGUAUUAAGAUUUAUUAUUUCAACCAGGAGGUUCUAUACAGACAGUUUUCAGAGAUGAAUAUUGCCAGUUUGACAAUAUAUGAUGCAUAUAUGCCACACAUGCUUUGCCCCAAUAGAACAAGCUCAUUUCAGUAUUUAAAUUUUUCUCACAAUGCCCUGACGGAUGAGUUGUUCCAGAAUUGUGGCACUUUGAUAGAUCUGAAAUUACUUAUUUUGCAAUGGAAUAAAUUUGAGAGCCUUCUCAAGGUAAGCUUCAUGACCAGCCAUAUGAAAUCACUGAAAUAUCUGGACAUGAGCAACAACUUGCUGCGCCACGAUGGAGCUGAUGUACAAUGCCAGUGGGCUGCAUCUCUGACAGAGUUGGACCUGUCCUCCAAUCAGUUGGCAGAUUUUGUCUUUGAAUGCUUACCAGUCAACAUCAAAAAACUCGACCUACAAAACAAUCAGAUCAGCAGUGUCCCAAAGGGGCUGGCUGAUCUAAAAUCCUUGGAAGAGCUGAACCUGGCAUUGAACAGGCUGGCUGACCUGCCGGGGUGCAGUGGCUUCACAUCCCUGCAGUUCCUGAACAUAGAGAUGAACUCGAUCCUCACCCCAUCUACUGACUUCUUCCAGAGCUGCCCAAGGGUCAAGGAGCUCCAAGCUGGGCACAACCCAUUCAAGUGUUCCUGUGAACUGCAAGACUUUAUCCGUGUGGAGAGGCAGUCAGGGGGGAAGCUGUUUGGCUGGCCAUCAGCGUACGUGUGCGAGUACCCGGAAGGCUUGCGAGGCACGGAGCUGAAGGACUUCCACCUGAGUGAACUGGCCUGCAAUACAGCGCUGCUGCUGGUGACAGCCCUGCUGCUGACGCUGGUGCUGGUGGCUGUGGUGUCCUUCCUGUGCAUCUACCUGGAUGUGCCCUGGUACGUGCGGAUGACGUGGCAGUGGACACAGACGAAGCGGAGAGCUUGGCACAACCACCCCAAAGAGCAGGAGACGGUUCUGCAGUUCCACGCGUUCAUUUCCUACAGCGAGCACGAUGCGUUGUGGGUGAAGAACGAGCUGAUCCCAAACCUGGAGAAGGGGGAGGGCUGCAUACAACUGUGCCAGCACGAGAGAAACUUUGUCCCCGGCAAGAGCAUUGUGGAGAACAUCAUUAACUGCAUUGAGAAGAGCUACAAGUCGAUCUUUGUGUUGUCUCCCAACUUUGUGCAGAGCGAGUGGUGUCACUAUGAGCUGUACUUUGCCCAUCACAAGUUAUUCAGUGAGAAUUCCAACAGCUUAAUCCUGAUUUUACUGGAGCCGAUCCCUCCCUACGUUAUCCCUGCCAGGUAUCACAAGCUGAAGGCUCUCAUGGCAAAACGCACCUACCUGGAGUGGCCGAAGGAGAGGAGCAAGCAUGGCCUUUUCUGGGCUAACCUGAGGGCAGCUAUUAACAUUAACCUGCCCACAGCCAUUGAAGCAAAUAAGGAGCAGAGUGAUGUUACAUAUACUUAGUAGUAUAAGUAUGCGAAUAACUGAUUUGACUGUUUUACAU